UUGUUAGGGUAUGGUGCACCAUCAGCACCACCACAAAGUGGUUACUAUGGUCCUCCACCACCAGGAGGACCCCCACCCCCUAAUUAUUAUCAAGGUUACUUCAAUGAUGAUCAAUACUCUCCACCACCUCCUCAACAUAUCUACCACCACCACCAUGAACAUAGCGGUUGUUCCUCAUUCCUCAAAGGCUGUUUGGCUGCUCUCUGUUGUUGCUGUAUUUUGGAAGAGUGUUGUUGCUGCUGCUUCUAGUUGGUUGGAUUUUCCACCUACCCAUAUAUCAUGUACCUGUCAAACGUAACUUGCUAUCUAUUUAUUUUAUUUCUCGAACUUUAAUAUGAUUAUAAUAAAUAAUGUUCAUAUUGGACGACUUUGAACUGCAAACUCUGUAUGAAGGUCUUCUUGCUUUUGAUUAUGUAUUUUUGAAGGCAUGUUGAUAAAUGAUGGGAGGACAAACGCCAGCUAGUUAUAUUUUAGGAAUUAAAUACUGUAUGAUUGCUUGAAAUUUGAUGUAGUUUUAAGAUUUUGAUACUUGACGAUCUUUUAUAUUACUAGCUGAAUAUUGAGAUGCUGUUUGAAAUUUCGUUUA